AUGCUUCACGAGGAGUGUGUAAUGGGUCCAAGCUCGGAGAAUCCAAGCUUGAGGAACCCUGGCGGUCCAAGCUUGUGGGAUUCGGGUGCAGCGAAUGUUACGGCUGGUUCGCGUCGCCGCCGGCAAGAGACUGGCACCGAGACGAGCGGAGACGGCGCAGAUGCUACUACUGCGGCUGCUGCUCUUUUGUCCAAGCGCGCUCGUUUUACACCCGACACAGAUGCGGCGCGUCUGCUGCUCGCCGUUAGCGGGCAAGGCGAGGAGGACGAGUCGAAUCGCGAGGACGCAGUAGGUCCAGUUAUAGCGGCUGUGGCGGCGCGAGGGGGUGGCGGGGGGAGCGUUGGGCCCGCGGGAGGAGUGCCGUUGGGCGGAGAGAGGGCGGACGCCACGCGUGCGGAGCGGGAAGCGGAGGCGGAGGCGGAGGCGCCUAGGGGAGAGGCGCGGAAGGAGAAGGAGCGGGAGAAGGGGAGGGAGAAGGGGAAGAAGGAGAAGAGAAAGGAGAGGGACAAGGACAAGGUAAAGGACAAGGACAGGAAGAAGGAUAAGGAGGAGCGGAAGGAGGAGCGGAAAGAGAAGAGGAAGGAGAAGGAAAAGGCGAAGGCGAGCAAGAGGAACGAGUUGGAAGCGGGCGGGGCUAUGGCGGGCGGGGCUAUGGCGGGUGGGCGCGGCUCGUCUGCUUUGUCGUCCUCGUCGUCGUUUCCUGGCAUCAAGGCGCCUCCAGCGAAGCGGCUUCACAUGGCUGGGGGAUCGGGGGCUCGUCCUGUCAAGCCGACCUCCCACGUGCUGGACGCGCUCUGCAGCAUGGCCUCGCGCCUCCCCCGCCCCUCCGCGCCCGCGCGCGUGCGGACCAGCGCUCAGGCGGAGAAGGGCGCGCAGGCGGAGAAGGGCGCGCAGGCGGAGAAGGGCGCGCAGGGGGAGAAGGGCGCGCAGGGGGAGAAGGGCGCGCAGGCGGAGAAGGGCGCGCAGGGGGAGAAGGGCGCGCAGGCGGAGAAGGGCGCGCAGGGGGAGAAGGGCGCGCAGGCGGAGAAGGGCGCGCAGGGGGAGAAGCUCGCGCAGGGUGGAGGCGGAGUUGCUCUGCAAGAGAAAGAGACAUUGGGCGGGAAAGGGACGGGUGGAGAGGAGGGGAAGGCAGGGGAGAAGGGAGCAGGAGAUGUGGGUAUGAGAGGGGAGGUGAGAGUUGAUCCAAGGGGGGAUCACGCUGGGGAGAACUCAGUGCAUGGGAGUGUGAUGCAAGGGAGUGUAGCAGAAGGGAGUGUGGCGGAUGGGAAAGGGAAUGCUUCUGGUGGAUUUGACGUGGUGGUUGGACGGCCGCGAGCAGCGCACGAGGUGCAGGCUGGUGUGGAACGAGGCGAAGCAGACGGAGGACGCAUGGAGGUGCGAGCGAGAGCGGAUGGAGACGUUGCGACGGCAGAGAGACAGAUAGAAGAGACGGCGGCUUUACCUUCCCGCGGUCUGGCAGAGACGAGCAAGGCAGACAACGCAGAAAAGUUUGGCAAGACGGACAAUGCGGACAAGGCAGAAAAGAUGGAGACAACAAGCACUAGCGCUUCUGCUUCUGCUCCUCCUCCGGCUGCUGCUGCUGUUGCUGCUGCUGCUGUUGCUGCUGCUGCUGCAUCUGUCGUCACUGCCACUGCAUCUGAAGGCACUUGCAAUGCAAAGAGCAGCCGUGCUGCUGAUAAUAAAGCCUGCUCGGGCGCCAUUCACUCUCUGUCUGGGACGGAUUCAUCUCUGCACCUGGCGGCAACAACCCCGCACCUGGAUUCAUCGCCGCGUGUAUUUGGAGUGGCCGGUGCAGCACCAGCACAAGCGGAUGCUGCAGCAGCAGGAGGAGGAGCAGCAGCAGCAGCAGGAGCAGCAGCAGGAGGAGGAGCGGGUGCCGCUACAACCGCCACAACCACAGCCUCCCCUGUUGCCGCAGCUGCCACAGCCGCUAGAAGCAUUGCAACAGCUGCCACAGCAUCAGCAACAGCAACAGCAACAGCAGCCCAAUCUGCAUCUGCAGCUGCUGCAGCUGUGGCAGCAACAGCAGCAGCAGCACCAACAGCAGCAGCAGCAGCAGCAGCAUCAGCAGAAUGA